AUGAUGUCAAAGGUUACUUCUACUGACAUAGUCUUAUCACAUAUUUAUAUCAAUGUAACAUUUUUAAUGAUAUAUGGAACCAUGUGGGCAUUUGAUAUGAAAUUCGAUGCAGGUUUCUUUACUCUUUCCUACGUAUUACUUAGUUAUACACGUCAAAGUUGUGUUAAUUUUUUUAAUUUCGCUAUUCGUGAUCUUCUUCAUUAUAUGGCUGCUCAAAAACGAAUUCGAGUAUUUCUCUUACUUGAUGAAUCUGAAAGAGAUAAUCGAUUGUUAUCAACAUCUAUCAAAGAUAUUUUAGAAAUAAAUAAGAUUGAUGAUAAUUCAAUAAAUCGAACAUCUGAAGUUAUUUGUAAUUUAAAACCAGCUCAGUGGGAACAAAAUGGAAAAUUUUCAUUGAAAAAUAUUAUAUUCAAUGCUCAUCCUGGUGAUUUAAUGUGUAUUAUUGGACCUGUUGGAUCUGGAAAAAGUUCAUUAUUACAAACAUUAACAGGUGAAAUAACUUAUUUUGAGGGAAAAGUUCGAUUAUAUGGAUCAUUUUGUUAUGUACCACAAGAAUCAUGUAAAUAG